UUUGUUCUGGAGCCGUUUAAACCGGCAAACCCCCAACGGCAGUCAAAGUGGUCAGUUCAGAGCAUCCAGCGAGUACUUGCGAUUAUUUGUAUUUUCCGCGACCAUGGCUGAAGGCCUCUUCUCCGUCUUUCCUGAUGGCCAGCUGACAGCGGGACACGGAUUGAAAGGGAAUGUUCCCCGUUCCAAGAAGAAAGCACUCUGCGAUGUAAAGAAUACUCUUCAGUCUAAGAGGACAGGGCUGAACGAACCUCUAAGGAAGUUGAACUUGGACCAAGGUGAAGGAUCGUGCAAGCAAACUGUCAAAGAGACUCCUUUGAAAGUGACAUCAAAGCAGGAGGGAACGUUCAAGAUUGCUUGUGAUAAAGAGAAUGAGAUCUUCUGGGACAAGUGCAAUGAUUGUGAUCCAUUGGACGAUGAAUUAUUUAAUUUGAGACCAGAAUCAUCUCGGUUGAAAAACGAGGACAUUGAGUACUUGGGUAAGGGAUUCUUCUGUCCAGAGCAGAGAAUACCUGUCCUUGAUGAUGACUUGAGUUCUUACAAAGGAUUGAGAAGUAACGACUGGUUCGACCACUUGCGUGAUUGUGAGGUGGAUUUUCCUCCACUUCCUCCUGUGGAAAUUGAAGAUCCUGUUCUGCUGUUUUCAGAUGACGAAUAGCUUUGUAAAAGCUUUUUGCGUAUGUGUUUUAUGUAAUUAGAUGUAAGCUCUUUAAUUUUAAUGAAAUCCAAAACGUUCUUUGAUUUGUUCUUAGAUUAGUAAGUCUCCUGCUUUAGAUAAAAAUAAACUGUAAUCAGACCA